GCUAAGUGCGGCAGGCGGGGUCGGGUGAGGUUCAUUUGGGCGGCUAGAGGAGGUGCUGACGGAAGCGGGCGAGUGGAGAGGGACCAUGGGCUGCUUUUUUUCGAAGAGAAGAAAACAGGCCAAAGAGCCGCAGCUCGGUGCUGACAGCGGCGACCGAAAUGCUGCUGGCGAUGCGGGAACUGAGAAGCAGCCGCAGUACAGUUGGGACCAGCGAGCCAAGAUUGAUCCAAAAGACUAUAUGUUUUCUGGACUCAAGAAUGAAACAGUGGGACGUUUACCUGGGAAAGUUGGAGGUCAACAGUUUGUUAUUCAGGACUGUGAGAACUGCAAUAUCUACAUCUUUGACCACUCAGCUACAAUCACUAUUGAUGACUGUACGGGCUGCCGAAUCUUUUUAGGACCUGUAAAAGGCAGUGUGUUUUUCCGUGAUUGCAAGGACUGUAAAUGUAUAGUGGCUUGCCAACAGUUUCGUACAAGGGACUGCAGGAAGAUGGAAGUGUUUUUGUGCUGUGCCACCCAACCCAUUAUAGAAUCCUCUACAGGUAUGAAGUUUGGAUGUUUCCAGUACUACUAUCCAGAGCUGGCUUUGCAGCUGAAAGAUGCUGGUCUGAGUAUCUUCAACAACACAUGGAGUAAUAUCCAUGACUUCACGCCAGUUUCAGGAGAGAACAAUUGGGGUCUUCUACCAGAGGAUGCUCUAGCUCAGGAUGCAGUACCCCUUCCAACAACUGAAGAACUGAAGGCUGUGAGAAUUUCAACUGAUGCCAACAAGAGCAUAAUUCCAGUAACACGGGGGCAACGUCCAAAGUGCAGUGAGGAGUCUUGCCUGGUAGUGUUCUUUGCUGGGGAUUAUGCAACUGCAAAUGCUAGGAAAUUGAUUGAUGAGAUGACUGGAAGAGGCUUCUCCUUGGUACAGACUAAGGAAGUUCCAAUGAAAGCUGAUGAUGCACAAAGGGUAUUCCAGCAAAAAGCAUCUGACUUUAUUUCUUCCCUUGAAAAAGGUUCUGUUAUUGCUCUGGAGUUCAAUGGAGAUGGUUCCAUAGCAGCCUGUCAAGACAUUAUUGCUAAGGUCUUCACCAGUACUAAGGUUUUUGUAUCUGAAGACAAGACAUCUGCUUCCAGAGAGGUAGACAGCUUCUAUAACUUUGCUGAUAUGCAGAUGGGAAUGUGAAACAAAUGUGACACAGAAAUGUUACUCACAGGUGAUCACAUUGACAAUUGAGAUAUAUUUAGGUUUGUAUAUCUUGUCUGCAUUGAUAGUCAAAUAUUCAAUAGUAAAUUACUUACUUUUACAAAAAGAAUAACAUUGACUGCAUUCUACAAACACCAUAUUUUUAUAAGGUGAUAUUAAGUAUAAUUUCAGUACUCAUCUCCUGUAAUGUAUAUAAUGUGAUGGCAUCCAAAGUUUUCUUGCCAGUUUUCCUGACAUCAGAAAGGUGGUACAUAUGAACAUUUGUCUUGAUGAAGGUUCAGAUGGAUUUAACUGAUUUGCAACUUCUGAAUUGGUGUUUAAAAAAAACAAACAACCGUUCCCAUUGUAGGUAACAUGCUUUCACCAAAAACAAGUGUGGUCAUGCCAAAAUUAAACUCUUCCUGAUCACAUUGGGAUUGGGAAAGAUUUAAGCAAGCCUCCAACUGAUUUUAGUGUGACUUCGCUAGAUCAUAUUUUGUGAGCAUUGGAGCUGCUAGUUGCUUGAAUGUUUUCCUCUGAAGUCCCAGGUUCUAGCUCUUCUCAGGAUGUAGCAGCAUAGUGGUUCAUAUACUCUGGAAAUAUAAGCAGUUUAUGUGAGGGGUGCAGAUGCAUGACACAAGUGUUUUUGCUUCUGAUGCAAGCAAAAAGUGGAGACUUGUGGCUCAUUCUGCUGGUUCUGUUAACAUCCUGCUCUGGGUGUUUUUGUUCUUUGAAGGGAUAGACUGGGAUAUCCAAAAGAAGCAGGACUUAUGGGAAAAAAUUCACUUCUGAUUGCCUUCUGAUAUAAAAUCCACAGUGGAAGAUCACAGAUCUUGCACAUGAAGAUCUGUAGGGAGGCAGCAUUGAUUUCAUUUUAUUAUUUUUGCUACCUGUGAUUCUCAAGAUUUUAAAAGAAGGAACAUUUGUAGGACUUUAAGGAAUUACAUCAUCAAUACUACUAUAUCUUAAAAUGAACCUGGUAACACGGUUGUUAUCUUUCAUAUAUUUUGAGUACAAUAUUAAGUUUAAUGCAAUUUUAAGAAUACAAGCUAUGAAGUUAAAUCCUUAAGAUCUGUGCAAGUCACAAAAAAACUAUUGUAAGAGAGAUUUUGUCAAAUCCCUCUUCUGGCCACUGUCCCCUACACCUUGUCCUCUAAAGCUGAGGAGUUGCAUUCUGAGGCAUAGAGAGCUGCAGUGUGAAGAGGUAUGUGGCAAAAUCUCUCUGCAAGCAAGUCCCUUAAGAUCUGCCUCACAUUCUCAUCCAUGCUGAACCUGGGCCUUGGAAAGGAAGUCAGCUUUGCGUAAACUGAGUGAUGUUCCACAGUUCCACUAAUUAUACUGAGGUGUAAUUUGUGUUCUUUUAAAAAAAAGUCAUUGUGUUUACUCUUAUUCCACAAUGACUGUCAAGAUGUGCUAUAUGUAAAUAAGGGUGUUUCUCCUAUAUUAACACUUUAUACUGGCUAAAGACUACCUGAGGGGUUUUUUUUAAUUAAUAUAUGAGACUUCAGCACGAAAUUGAACUUCAAUCAGUCAGUGAAAAUUCCCUGCCACAUGCAGGGAGAAAUCAUUGUAGAUCAAAAUGGGUAGCUAGUUUGUCAAAUCAGUCAAGAUUUUUAAAAACAUUUUCUGUUUUCUUUUAUACAGUCAAAAUUGAAGGAUUUUUUAUAGUUUCUAAAAUAUUUUAAUUAAACAUUGCCAGUUGAAAAAUAUUCUUUACAAUGUAAAAUGCAUCAUCUAUGUCAUUGAUAUCUAUUGUAUUACAGUAUGUGCUUUAUCAAAGUUUUGUUUGUUAUGGCUUUUAUACACUGCUUGUCUAGCUUUUGUGAUAUGUGAUUUGUAAUAAAUAAUUCCAUAAAAA